GCGGCGUGUCCAUCGCCAGUCGGGAAAGUCGAGCGCUCGCGCUUGGAUUGGAGUGUCGGAGCAACCAGUCCGGAGUAUACCCAUAAUACACGUGAGGAAUGUAAUCCGUGUCCGAUGAUCCAUUCGUUACCCGUGUACGACGCGCUGCAAUUAACACUGCCGAAUUUCAUCCAGGUAAUCGGAAAGAGAGCGCAGCUACACGAAGCGAUCAAGGAAGCGCUAUAAAAAGUCCACGGCGAGUCAGACGUCGGUAAUCCAUGGGUUGAGAACGCGAGAUCUGCUUCUCCUUUUUAAUUAUUUAAUUCAAGGUGUGUAGCUUACCGAUGAGCCAUGCUGAAGGUAGUUGGAGCCUCGUGGUUGCAAACUCGCAUCUCCACUUAUAUUCUUAUCGUCGUUGCUCUUUUCGGCUUCGGCGCCAUCAUCCUCGGCGAAUUCGGCGAAUUCCAAGUUGAAAACGAUGGGAUCUAUUCGGCUACUGUAUCAUGGAAUCACAAGGGAGGAUAUCGCAUCGAUUUUUGGGGUCAAGGCAAUAAUCUCGCCGAUGUACAAUUAAAUGUCGCUCGUGCCUACUACAAGACCAGCAUCCUCGAGACUGGAUGGUCGAUCAUUGAGAUAGAAACCUCAUCAAAUUAUCCGGACACCGUACAGGCUUAUGCGGCCGGUUUGUUGGAAGGUAGCUUAACGUGGCAAUUGAUUCAUCAUCAUUGGCAAAACACUGUCAAUUCCGUGUGCGAAAAAUGGGCCAACGAAUGCCGGAAAUUAAUGCAAUUUCUUCGUGAGAAUAAUGCUAUAAUUCGCAAACAAGCCGAUCUCUUGGCAGCCACGGAUCCAUUUUGGCAUAUGGUGCACUUAUUCUACAUCCAGAUGGACGGUUUGGAAGCUGGCUGGAGAUUCGCAGUUCAUCGCAGUCGACAAACAGUAGAAAUGGAUUCAGAACAAUUCCUCUGGUUGGCGAUGGCCAGCGAUCUACCAGAUCUUAAACAAAUAUUAGAAGAUACAGAGGAUUCUCAACAGGAUUACAGCAAAGGCAUGAUUUUUCUGAAGAGCUUAGCUCGCAAAGGAUUAGACCCGUUGAUAGCGAUUGGACACGCGACUGCUGCACCAUAUGUUAAAAUGCUGAGACUGCUGAAGAAGUAUACUUUCGGUUAUCAUAUGCUGCCGACGAGCAACAUGUCAGUGCCAGGCAAAACGAUCGUGAUGUCAUCUUAUCCUGGUGCUCUCUCGUCUCAUGACGAAUUUUAUCUGAUAGAAGGUCAAAAUCACGAACUAAUUAUUGCUGGAACACCAACUGCUAACUAUAGCUGGAAUUUUGUGAAUGGAAAGUCCAAUCAAUUACUGAUGCCAUCUGCGAUAAUGGCAGCAAAUCGUUUGGCAACAAAUGGACAGAAUUGGUUUCAAAAUAUAUCGCUACAAAAGGGUGCCAGUAAAGCACGACAAUGGAUCAUUUUUGAGCCGCGCGGUCGCAUCGUUCAACUUGUCGAACAAUCGGAGACUGUCCGUGCAAUAAACAUCAGCGAACAAUUUGCCAAUGCUGGAGCCAUAUGUGUCACUGGGAAAAUUCGAUUGCCUGAGAUCAACGUGGCGGUCGGCGAUGACGACACUGACAUGACAAGAGACAAGUUAAUCGAGAGCCUACAAAAGAACGUUACUACAGCGGAGCACUUUAGAAACCUGAUGCGAGGAUACAGCCACGAGUCCACCACCGAGAAUAAAGAUCAAAUGCAGAUUUUAAGUUACAGAGGAGACUUGGAAAAAGUAGCUCUACCAUUUGGCGUAAUCGAUGCAAAAAUCGUACUGGCUGAUGUCAGUGGUGUGGAGAGUUUUGAGGCUUUUUCCGGACCGAGCACGUUGGGCUCUAGGAAACCCUUUCGGUGGUCAGAAACUUUCCCCAAUAUUUUGCAUAUCGGUCAUCCCAAUACUUUUAAUUUUGACAGCGUUACUCCUCUGUGGGUUUGGAAUUAAAUUGCGUAUCUCAAAUAUUGUGAAAUAAAAAACAAGAAAAUUCUCUUCAAUUUCUUAAAAAUCAUUAUUGGAUGAUUUCUUUACUUUUUUAUAUCAUUCAAUUUUCAAUUUCACUUGAAAAUAUUAGUAAUGAUGAAGAAACAAUUUUCUACCUUCCUUAGAAAUAAAACAAAUUAUUAAUAAAUUCUAAACAAAAUAGCUGAAUUGCUAGGUAAUAAAAUUUAAUUUAUUACAAAAUUUAAUGCUCAGAUUUCACACAGCGAGAGACAUAUAAAAGUACUAAAUUUGAAAACUAAAGUAAACUGAUAAAAGAUUACUUUUAAUUGAAAGUAUUAGUUAAUAAUAAAAAACUGUUUUUGGUUUUCAUAAUGUUGUAUCUGAAUCUAACAUAAAUCUCAUAUACUUAAGAAAUCAGUUGGCUCAUAUGUUAGCCACUACCGCGAAUUCUUUAGAAAAUAAAAUAAAAAGAAACAAAUGU